CUCAGUCCUCAUCUUCAUUUCUAGAGUCUCUCCAUCUCUCUCUUCUGCAACGACCACUAGUCAUCAUGGCAUCUAAGAUGGUUAUUCAGCAGCCUAGGCCCCUCGUUUUGGCACCUGGUUCUGACCAAUGGUCCUCAAGCAUCUGUGAAUGUGACAACGUCAAUGACUGUUGCUUUGCGUGCUGGUGUUUACCAUGUUUCGCCUGCAUCACAUCCAGAGAUCACGGAGAGUGUCUCUGCUUGCCUUUGCUGGACAGCUGUGGUUUCCUCCCACCCAUCACUUUGGCGAUGAGAGUGUCUGUCCGACGCACCUACGGCAUCGAGGACUCCAUUUGCAAUGACUGUGUGUAUGCUUGCUGCUGCGGACCAUGCUCCUGGUGCCAGAUAAGACGUGAGUUGAAAGCUCGUAACCAUCCCGUCACUCUCAUCAACAACCGAGCAAAAUAAAGAGUUUCAUCAUCAUUAUCAUCAUCAUGAUUGCCACCAUUUUGUAACCUCAACUCUGAAAUAAGCUUUAAGAGUGUCAGAGAAGUGUAAUGCUCUGUUUGGAAUUCAGUUCUGACCCAGGGAUUGGUGUGGAAUUCAGUACUUGUCUACUGUCUAUUGAGAAAUGAAGACUGAAAUAUCUUCUCUAAAAUAAUACAUAAGUCUUUAUGGCAACAACCAUAUUAUUCUUUUAUAACUAAGACUUACUUCGAGCACAAUGACAUAUUUGCAUCAUUUUAGAGAUUAUGGCCCUGCAUUGGAAGGUACUUGUUUAUUUUGUUUCAAACCUGUUACUUUUAGUUGUUGUUUUUAAUGUUAUCAAUUACUUUUAAUGCAUUAUAAUGUCAUAAGACAUAUGUUUGAAUAAAAGAAUUGUAUUAA